AUGAUGUAAAAUACAACUACAAAUUAUUUGAAAGUUAAAUUUAUCAGAAUUAAUGGUGCGGAGCCAUGGCAAUUAAUUAAAAAAAUAAUUUUGUAUUAUUAGGUUAUAAAUAUGCUAUAAGAAGAUUCGCAUUUAAAAAUGGAGUUCUUCAUAAAGCAAAUUUUAUCAUAAGCCAUUCAGAUGAUGUGCCUUCUUUUUAAAUAUACUAACCAAAUAAUCACAUAUUAUAUCAGGAUCUAAUAAUGCAAAAAUUGUGAUUGCAGAUACUAAUUUGAUGGCUAAUCCAAAGUAUUUUUUUUUUGAAAAAAUUAAAAGGACACACUGAUCGCAUUCAUUGGAUAGUAAUUUCUCCUGUUAAUGUAUCAAGUAGUAAGGAUUGCACAAUCAAGUUCUGGAAUAUUUCAAAUUAUAAAUUAAAGAAUUAUUGUUAUUAGACUUUUAAAGCUCAUAAAAAGCCAGUUUUAAAAUUAUCAAUGA